AUGGCUGCCACUUCUUCCUUUGGCGACGACGCUGACCUCAUGGUUGCCGACGACCUGUACUUGAUAGCAGUUUUCCAAGGAAUAAACAACCAAGCAGACGCCACCGGGCUCAUGGCGAUAUCCGACGAGGAGUACGCUGCGGAACUCCAGCUCCAAGAGGUGAUUGUUUCCUCCGCCAUGGCGGUGAUUGUUAAUUCUGGCAUGGCAGCGACUGCAGCACAAUCAUCGCUCAUGCCGCAGCUUGAUAGCGCCGUCGUCGUGCACACUGCCAACAAUGACACAGCAGCUGCUGAGACGCCCGUGCUUGCCGUAGCUGAGUAUAGCUGCUCCUCCUCCUCCUCCUCGCCUCCGCCACCUCUUGCAGUUGCAGCCCCUGCCACCGGGGAAGACGACGCAACUGCAGUGGCAACUUGCAAGAUAUGCCUGGACUACGUGCCACCGUCGCACGUGCACCACGCAAGUCGCGGCUGCGCACACGCCUUCUGCACAGCCUGCCUCUCCGGCUACAUCAGCGCAAAGACCCAAGGCGGCCGCAUCUCCGACGUCAAGUGUCCGGGGGACGGGGAGGACUGCUGCAACGUCCUUGACCCCGAACUCUUGCAAGGCAUCAUAUCCGGCGAGGCUUUCGAGGCCCUGUGCGCCGCACUGUGCAGGUCUAUGGUGGAGGGGGCCGGCAACUUUUGGUACUGCCCCUUCAACGACUGCUCCGAGAUCUUGGUGGACGAUCGCGGCGGCGACGUGCCGGAGUCGGAGUGCCCGGCGUGCAGGAGGCUGUUCUGUGCACGGUGCGGUGUGCCAUGGCACGCUGGCAUUAGCUGUGCCGAGUAUGGGCAAUUAGCACCUGGGGACAAGGGGAAGGAGGACUUAGUGGUGCUGGAGAUGGCCAAGGGGGAGAAGUGGAAGAGGUGCCCCCGUUGCAUGUUCUUGGUCGACAAAAGCGAUGUGUGGCUUCCAGUUCUGCUAUGCAUGUGGCGAGCCGUGGGGGCAAUCUCAUCAUUGCAACACGGCGUGAAAGCUGAUUUUGCGCAUAAUCCGGCAGUGGAAAGAGAAUGA